AUAGCGCAUAUCAGCAUACUAGCGAGAUUUCGCUACUGAACACAUUCACUUUGGCACGUUCGCACUACUGUGCAAUAUAUUUCUAACACCAUCUCUGAGGAGGAUUAGCGGAGAAGACCUCAGGAACUUCCUUACUCUGGACAUAAUGGCGGAUACGAUUUCCAGUGUUGUUGAUUUAAAUGUGGGCGGGACCCACUUCACCACAACACUUUCCACUCUCACCAAAUACCCCGACAGCAUGUUGGCGGCCAUGUUUAGCGGACGUCACGUGAUCAACAAAGACAAAGAUGGCCGAUAUGUAAUCGACUGUGACGGCACAGUAUUUAAACAUAUCCUGGAGUUCCUUUGCUUCGGAACGCUCCCAACUGGCGAAGUGGCUGGGGCCGUGCACAGAUCUCCGAUUAACGUUUUCUUGUGUAUUGAGAAUACACGGUUGCUGUCUAGACAAACACGCAUAUAUGUCAAGGUGACCAAGACACUACCCAAGUACCGAACUUAA